AUGGAAAUGGAGAAAAAUCCACCCAUGGAUUUCCCUCAAGAUUUUAGAUGCCCCAUUUCCAUGGAGCUCAUGAAAGAUCCUGUAACAAUCUCUACAGGGGUCACAUAUGAGAGAAAAAAUAUCGAAAGGUGGUUCGGUACAUACAAGAAGAAGAUAUGUCCUGCUACAAUGCAGUGUAUUGAGAGUUUAGAUAUGACUCCAAAUCAUACCCUCAAGAGGCUGAUUCUUGCAUGGAGAAAUGCACAAUCUGGUGAUCAAUCAUGCAGUUCAUCAUCAGCAGGUCGACAUUCGAUCAAACAUGAUGAACUGAUGACACUUCUUGGGACAAUUGAGUCGACGCCUUUUAAGGUAAGUUGUUUGAAGAAACUUAAGUCUAUUCUUGAAAUGGGAGAUGAAAUAAAGGCUGAUUUCAUGAUAUCAGGAGGUGUGGAGGUUCUUGUAAGGAUAAUUUUACAGAUUUUAGUCGAAAGCUCGGAUUUCAUAACGUUUAGAGCUUGUGAAGAGGCUUUAGAUGCGUUGCAGCUUUUACCAUUUUCUGAAGAUGAAGAUGAUGAGGCAAUUCAGUUGUUGAUGAAGCCUGAAUGCAUGAAAUCCAUGGCUAUAAUGCUUCAAAGAGGAAGCGCCGAGGCUCGGUUUUGUACCAUUUCAAUAUUUCAGAAGAUAGCUAAAGCUGAUUAUCAUUGGAAUUAUGUUGCACAAGAUCAAGGUAUAGAAUUCUACAAGUCCUUAUUAGAAAUAAUAUCAGAUGAAAUUUGUACAAAGGCGAGUUCAUGUGCCCUACAGGUUCUGUUAGGAAUCUUGGAUGCAUCCAAAAAAAGCCGACUAAAAGCCAUUGAAGCUGGCGCAGUUUGUACCCUAAUUGAGCUUCUUCCCGACUCAAACAGAUCAAAGUGUGAGAAAAUAAUGCAAUUAAUCAAACUUAUAUGUGAAUGUGCCGACGGAAGAUUGGCCUUUAUUGAACAUGAACUAGGAAUUGCAGCCAUGUCCAAGAAAUUGUUGAACGUGUCAGAAGCUGCAACAAAAAUUGGUGUUAAAAUUGUAUGGUUGCUAUGCAAUUUUCAUUCCACAGAAAGGGUUUUGGAGGAACUGUUGGUGUGUGGGGCGGUGAAGAGGCUGGUGGCGCUGUUGCAUAUUAGUGGGCGGUCGAAUACCAAGGAUAGGGUGGUGAAAAUCUUUAAGUUGCAUAGCAGACGGUGGCGCCGUUACCCUUGUUUCCCUAGUGAGUUGAAGGAUUAUUUGGGGCUGGAAAAUGAAUCAAGCUAA